AUGGCUCCCGAAUGGUCAGCCUGGUUGCGCCACAAACGCGUGGAUCCACCGGAUGAGACUGAGAUCAAGGCGAACGCGGAUGCAACUACACAUCGCCAAGUAUUGGCGCGUCAGCUUCAGGCUAAAUACGAUUCGGAACGAGACCAAAUGAUUCGUGAUGGUCUGUUGCACUCGCCACCUACCGGCUCGGAAUCCACCGCCUCCAGCACAGCUUGGACAUCGGACAAGGGGCCCGGGAAAGCGAAAGUGACAUUUCCUGUCCGUCCGGAGCUGGAGACUGUUCCGGGGGAAGGAGUCAUCACAGGGAGCGCGAAGAAGUCGGAUAAUCCCUCUUAG